AAAUCAAUCAUCAUUUUGCUUUUCAAUUUUUUCUUUUGCAUUUGUACAGGAAAAAAAAAGGAACCUGCAUUUCCGGUUGCCCGUAGCAUGGUAUGAAGUGCCACCUUCCUGAUUCCGCAAACAGAACAGAGAAGACUGUGACUUUGGGUUCGAGAGAGCAACAACCACCACCUUGGGGGGUUAGGGUUUGAAUUAGGGUACAUGGGUAGGGUUUUUCUUCUCGAAUUGCAAGGCAGGGCUUACAGAUGCAGAUUCUGCGAUACCCCUCUUGCUCUCUCUGACGACGUUCUCUCUCGGUCCUUCACUUGCCUUCGAGGGAGGGCAUACCUAUUUAGCAAUGUGGUGAAUAUAACUCUCGGGCCUCAGGAGGAGAGAAUGAUGAUGUCUGGCUGGCACACUGUUGAAGACAUAUUUUGUUGCUGCUGUGGACAACUUCUCGGAUGGAAAUAUGUGGUUGCGCAUGAUAAAAAUCAAAGAUUCAAGGAAGGCAAAAGUGUGCUCGAGAGAUGGAGGAUUGCUCAUGAUGCUGGGGACGAAUUGAAUCUAGAUGCUCGCGCUGGUUCAAGUGACUCAGAAAACUCUUAGCAAGUUGCUUCUGUUCAUGAGUUUGCACAUAUUGUUUGUAGCAAUUAUAUUACCAGUACUUGUCGAGACAAAACUUUAGAAAAAAAAUCCCCUUACUUGGUGCCAGUAAAGUACUCCAGCAAUUGUGUAGAUCUUUUGAUGGCACUGAAUAAUUUAGAUUUGUUCGGAGAAUUAGAUUUAUACUCAAUUGCUUUGCACUGAAAAUGGGACUGUGCAAAGUAGCAUUAUCAUUAAUGUGAUUAGCUUUUGUUCUUAUAUUUUAUAAUAAUUCAACAAUUUCCUGAAA